CCAAUUGUUGUUGAAAUGCUGAGGAAGUUGCGGAGGAGGAAACUUUUUUCUUAUCCCACUAAAUACUACGUCUUCCUUCUUGUUUUUUCCCUGGUCACCUUCUCUGUUUUAAGAAUUCAUCAAAAGCCUGAAUUUGUAAAUGUUGGACAUUUGGAGCUGCUUGAAGAGAAUCCUAGUAGUAAUAUUAAUUGUACCAAAGUUCUACAGGGUGAUGUAGAUGAAAUCCAGAAGGUAAAGCUUGAGAUUCUAACAGUGAAAUUUAGAAAUCGCCCUCGAUGGACAAACUAUGACUACAUAAACAUGACCAGUGAUUGUGCUUCUUUCAUCAAGAAGCGCAGAUAUAUUGUAGAACCCCUUAGUAAGGAAGAGGCAGAGUUUCCAAUAGCAUAUUCUGUAGUGGUUCAUCACAAAAUUGAAAUGCUUGACAGGCUCCUGAGGGCCAUUUAUAUGCCUCAGAAUUUCUAUUGCAUUCACGUGGAUACAAAAUCAGAGGAAUCCUUUUUGGCCGCGGUGAUUGGCAUUGCAUCCUGUUUCAGUAAUGUCUUUGUGGCCAGUCAGCUGGAGAGCGUUGUGUAUGCAUCUUGGAGCCGGGUCCAGGCUGACCUCAACUGCAUGCAGGACCUCUACCGAAUGAACGCAGACUGGAAGUACUUGAUAAAUCUCUGCGGUAUGGAUUUUCCUAUUAAAACCAACCUGGAAAUUGUCAGGAAGCUCAAGUCGUUAAUGGGCGAGAAUAACCUAGAAACGGAGAGAAUGCCAUCCAAUAAAAAAGAAAGGUGGAAAAAGCAUUAUGCAGUCGUGAAUGGAAAGUUGACAAACAUGGGGACCGACAAAAUACAUCCUCCUCUUGAAACACCUCUGUUUUCAGGCAGUGCCUAUUUUGUGGUCAGUAGGAGGUAUGUGGAGUAUGUGCUCGAGAAUGAAAAAAUACAAAAGUUUAUGGAGUGGGCAAAAGACACAUACAGCCCGGACGAGUAUCUCUGGGCCACUAUUCAGAGGAUCCCCGAAGUCCCAGGGUCACUGUCCUUAAGCCAUAAGUACGAUAUGUCCGACAUGCAAGCAAUUGCCAGGUUUGUCAAGUGGCAGUACUUUGAAGGUGACAUUUCCAAGGGCGCCCCCUACCCGCCGUGCAGCGGCGUCCACGUGCGCUCCGUGUGCGUUUUCGGAGCGGGUGACUUGAACUGGAUGUUGCGCGUGCACCACUUGUUCGCCAACAAGUUCGACACGGACAUCGACCUCUUUGCCAUCCAGUGUUUGGAUGAGCAUCUGAGGCAUAAGGCCCUGGAGACAUUAAAACACUGACCCUUGGAGGCAGUUUUAGAAA